AUGGCGGAUUUGAGGCCCAGCAAUAAGGGAAAUGGGAAAACUCUUGACCAUUCAUUCGAACGAUUCACCAGACUGAUAUCAGAAGUAAAUAAGUCUCUAGCUGUUGGGACUAUCACGGUUGUGAGAUACUCAAACGGUAAUGUAGCUUUUCAGAUGCAAUGCGGUGCGUCGGUUGGCAUCCUGGAGGGAGAGGUUUCGUAA